CCUGAACCUCGGCACCCAGGCCCAUGGCCACAGCCUUUGUACUCCUCGUGGGGGUCCUGCUCCCUUGCUGGGGCGAGUUCCUGCCCUUUAAAAAGGGGUUCAUGAAGGUGAAUGGGGCUGAGUGCUCCCACCACUCUGAGUGUUCCAGUGACUGCUGCCUAAUAGACCUGGACCGUGCUGGUGCCUUCUGUGCCCCCAAGGCCAGAAUCGCCAUGCUGUGCCUGUUCCAGACCAAGGGAGCCAUCAACAUCAUCUGCCCCUGCCAAAGUGGCUUGAGCUGCAUAUCCAAGGACCCAGUCUGUUCCCGCCGGUGCCAUUUGAUUUAGAGGAGGACACAGGCUGGUUGCUGACCCCCUUCCCUCCCUCGGGGCCAGGGGCCUGAAGAGCCCCCAUCUUGCUCACAGUCUAGCUCCUGAGACAUUAAAGUCACUUCCUGACUCUG